GUGAAUGGGGGAAUCAUGUGUCCUUCACUACAGACGCUAUUGGCAUUGACGUGGGGCACCAUUGGAAAUAGCCGUCUCAAAAAAAAAGAAAAAACUCCGCACGUCUGGCAGAGUUUGUAGGCUGCCAGCCUCGAUCUUCUACCUCACUUCGCCUUGCCUUGCUUCGACUCGCCUUUAUGACCCCAGAAGAGGUAGUCCUGCAGCUUAAGAAGAAGGGUACUUUUGACGAGCUCCGAAAGCAAGCUCUUCAAGAGUUCCAAGCCAACGAAUCCGGCCAAACCUUUAUCAAUGACCUUCAAGAAAUCAUGCAAAAAUUAGAAACUGAGGAUCCAUCCCUGUUUACCAAAGACAAGUCUCACGUUCAUAACAUUGUUUUAGAUCGUUUGGAAAACCAUGCAGUGUACAAUGAUGCUCGACAAAAGAUGCUGGACCAUUACCUACAUUCAGAGGCCGUCUCAACUAGAAUAGACAAGGAAAUACGAGCCAUUGUACCCGAUGAGACCGUCACCCACUCCCCUAGAGACGUGUCUCCUACUCCCAGACAGCGAGAGAGGUCGUCAUCAAAAGAAUCAGGCGAAGCCGACGACUAAACGCAAUAGCUUCUCAUCACUAUGUAUAGUGAUGCAUACCCCCAGAAGUAUCUUAUCCUAUCUGCUGGACAGAUUCAAUAAUGCAC